AACGACACAGCAAUGAGCAAAGGGUGAAGAAGCCUCACUCGUCAAAAGCAAGCAAGUCAAGCAGUGCAUUAUGAGCCUCGCGUCCACUGUCUACCAGACCGUCUUCAAGCGCAACUCUGUCUUCAUCGGCACAGUCUUUGCAACAGGCUUUGCCUUCAAGAUUGCCUUCGACAUGACUACAACCAGCAUCUGGGAUAAUGCGAACAAGGGCAAGCAAUGGAAGGACAUUCGCAGCAAGUACGUCGAGCAAUCAUAGAGAACUCUCGAUCAAGCGACAAGGUGACCGCACGUCCAUCGUGCGCAUCACUUGAAAGGAUGUAUGCAAUCAAAUCGUCCAUCAUUUCCACCCAUCCGCGACUGCCUUUGUUACUUUGAGCAUGCAGCGCCUUCUGUAAGCUGCUACAUACAGAAAGCUGUCUUGCUCCGUUG